AUCCGUGCCGAACGCCAUCUUGAAUCCAGUGUAGUUUUCCCCUGAAUGAGGACGGAGAGCCAGCGCUCUGGGUUCGAGGAGGAGGAGGGAGGAAAGUCUCUCGACAUUUAUUAUUCGCAGCAGGUUGGCAGUCGAAAGUGUGAAAUAAUCUUCGAGGACAGUCGACCGAGAAGACUCGUACUUAUCGGAGCUGUUUCUGUGAGCAGGUUUGGAGCGCGUUUGGAAGAAGAUCGGGACGAGCCCGGUCGGUCGGACUGGCUUCGGCUGAUAACGUACUUUUACUCGGCUUGGCUGUGAGCUGAGCUACGUUAGCCUGCUGACUAAAGGCGCUCUGGAAACUAACGUUAACGGUUAUAACGUCCGUUUCGAGCAACACGUCCGCGCUUUUAGCUGUCAAAAGCAGUAUUUCGGCGAACACUUGGCCACUUUUGCGAUGACAUUCUCGUCUGACAUUUAAUUCCUUCUUUUGCAAGCUAGAAUUUGGGACAGUAUAGGUUAAAUGUUGGAUACAGUCGUUGCUUCUCUAUCUUUCUAACACCAGGAGGACGAUAUGGAUUUACCCGUGUGGCCAUCAUCAUCAUCAUCAUCAUCAUCAUCGUUAUUAUUAUUGCCGUCCUCGAGUUGGAGGAAUUAAGGAAAUCUGUCAAUCGAGAUUAAAAGCUGAAUGAGUUAACUUAACCUACAGUCCUCCACGUAUUUUGGCGUUAACUGUUAACGUCGCUGAUACCAGGACUUUGUCAUUACUGAGGAACCUACAUUGAGGUGUCAACCUGAGCAACGUUAGCGUUUUCGCCAAAACGUGAUAUUCGUGAUAUCGCUGGAAACACAUUUAUGACAUUUAUGAACUUGUAAGUGAAGAACUGACAGGAGCAGUUAACGUUAGCCUGCCAGCUAACUUUGUUUUUGUACGUUAAUAUUAUCGCACGUUUCUGAGGUGAAGCGCGAGUCGUUAGUUUGUUUGGUUUUUUGUCGUGUUAAAAUGAAUUCAGUCAGAAAACGUUCCACAUCACGGAGCUAGAUAACAGAAACAAGCUUGUUGCUGUGGCGGUUUGAUAGACAGAAGAACUUUUUAUUGUUUUUUUUUUUAUAUAUAUCCACGUUCACGUCUUCAUCCAAACAAGCCGCGAAGCCCUGAACUGAGUAUGUUUUCUCUCGGCGGUCCGGAGAGCCUCCAAAGCCGGAGAGGAGCCGGUCUGCUGGGGAAGAAGCUCCCAGCCUCCUGCUGAAAGACUCUCUGCUGCUGUGUUUGUGUUCGUUCAUUGACGUUUGGGCAGCUUUUGCACGGACAUAAAACACCGACUCGUGCUCUUUUUAGGAUUUAUUCCAGUGAAGGAAUCCGCCUGGGGGACUGAGCAUGGGGUCUGCAACCAAACUCGCAUUCGCCGUGUUCCUCAUCUCCUGCUCCUCAGGAGCCAUCCUGGGCCGCUCAGAAACCCAGGAGUGUGUGUUCUACAACGCGAGCUGGGAAAAAGACCGGACAAAUCGUAGCGGAAUCGAGCCGUGUUCUGGAGAAAAAGAUAAACGGCGACAUUGUUUCUCCACCUGGAAGAACAACUCGGGAACCAUUGAGAUCGUCAAACAGGGCUGUUGGCUUGAUGAUGUCAACUGUUACGACAGCACUGAGUGUGUGGAGAGGAAGGACAGCCCUGAUGUGUUUUUCUGUUGUUGUGAGGGGAACAUGUGCAAUGAGAAGAUUUACUACAGCCCGGAUACACAAGCUGUUCAGACCACGUCGAACCCCUUCACGCCGAAGCCGGAGCUUUUUAACACGCUGCUCUACUCCCUGGUGCCCAUCAUGGGCAUCGCUGCCAUCCUGCUCUUUUCCUUCUGGAUGUACCGCCACCAUAAGCUGGCCUACCCGCCCGUGCUGGUGCCCACACAGGACCCUGGGCCAACUCCCCCCUCCCCGCUCCUGGGCCAGAAGCCACUGCAGUUGCUCGAGGUUAAAGCCAGGGGGCGCUUCAGCUGCGUGUGGAAGGCACAGCUACUCAGUGAAUACGUGGCUGUGAAAAUCUUCCCCAUACAGAAUAAGCUGUCUUGGCAGAAUGAGUAUGAGAUCUACAGUAUUAGUGGGAUGAAACAUGAGAACAUUCUCAGCUUCAUCGGAGCUGAGAAGAGAGGAAACGGCAUGGACAUCGAGCUGUGGCUCAUUACAGCUUACCACGAGAAGGGCUCGUUGACUGAUUACCUGAAGGCUAAUGUGGUGUCCUGGAAUGAGCUGUGUCACAUAGCGCAGACUUUUGCUCGAGGUUUGGCAUAUCUGCACGAGGACAUCCCUGGACUGAAGGAUGGUCAUAAGCCCGCCGUUGCCCACAGGGAUAUUAAGAGUAAGAAUAUACUGCUGAAGAGUAAUCUGAGUGCCUGCAUUGCUGAUUUUGGCCUUGCUCUCAAAUUUGAGGCAGGAAAGUCUGCAGGUGACACACACGGACAGGUGGGCACUCGGCGCUACAUGGCUCCGGAGGUGUUGGAAGGAGCUAUAAAUUUCCAGCGGGACGCCUUCCUGAGGAUCGACAUGUACGCUGUGGGGCUCGUGCUGUGGGAACUGGCAUCCCGCUGCACUGCUGCUGACGGUCCGGUGGAUGAAUACGCAUUGCCAUUUGAAGAGGAGGUGGGGCAGCACCCGUCAUUAGAGGACAUGCAGGAAGUCGUUGUACACAAGAAGCUCAGACCAACUUUGAGAGAGUACUGGCAGAAGCAUACGGGCCUGGCCAUGCUGUCUGAGACUAUAGAGGAGUGUUGGGAUCACGAGGCGGAGGCGCGGCUCUCCGCCGGCUGUGUGGAGGAACGCAUCAUCACUAUGCAGCGACAGACCAACCUCAUCGCCCCUGACGACAUCCUCACCGUCGUCACCAUGGUGACCAACCUGGACUACCCACCCAAAGAGUCCAGCCUAUGAUGCAGCUCAUCGUCAGCCAAUCGGACUCCGGCAACAGGACAACACCGUUGUGUGAGGUGUGAACUGGCGUAUAUCAGGAGCACCUUCAGCACCAGGUGUGAGACGCUUUACUCAUUGUAGACUCCCGUGCACUUCUGGAGAGAAAAAGAAAACACUUGAAAACUGAUCAAAAAACUCACACACAAAGGACCUUCACAAUGGAGGCUCACGGAAGUCGCCGUUUGCACCACAACUGUUUUUUUCUACAAGCGGAAGACUCGCUGACGUUUAUGGUUUCUUUGUUUUCUUUUUCUUUUUAAAGAGUGAAAACUUUUAUCACAAGAAAAAAAAACAUUGAUUUUAGUAUAAAAAGGGCAUCACUCUUUAAACUAUAUUUGCUUUUUUUUUUCUUGGCGUGUUUCUAUGAAUGAUUAUUGUAAUGCCAAUAAGAAACCGCUUCUGAAUGUCCAGUGUACUACUGCUCAACACACAAACACACACACACACACACACACACACACACACACACACACACACACACAGUAGUCAGAUCUACUGAGGAAUCAUUUCACAGCGCUGCAUCAGAUCAAGCAUAGACCUCCCUGAACCAGGUAUACCUCAGUCCGCCAUAUGCUCCUUUUCAACUCUGUAACGCAGAGCAGAGAGCCGGUCUCGCUGAGAGGCAGCUGGCCCAGCUCGAGCUGAACAGGAUCCAGCCAAAUACACACAGCCAUACUCGCCGGCCUCGGGGAACUUCUGAGUGUUGGAGUUUAUAAAAUGCAUCAGUUUGAACCGUUUGAGUCAAACAGGAGCCAGCAAACAUCAUUUGAAGAGAGACGAAUUGAAAUUCAUGAAAUUCGAUCCACCACUCUUUUCAGUAACCUCACAGGAAUCCUCUGUCUUUUCAGUGAGGCAUGCAGGAGUUCCUGAACUGGUAAUAUAUCGUUGCAGUCAUAAAAACACCUGAAAACUUAUUUCAUUUUUACGUUUUAUUUUAUGUGCUUUUAUUGAUUCAACAAGAAAGAUGUCACUUUGAUGCCUACCAUGUCCAGUCUGGGGGCAGCACAGCAUCAACAGCAGAGCAGUGGGGAAUUAAAAAGCCUUCUCCAAGGCCACAACCAGAUAUAUUCAGUUCUGGAAUUUGAACCCACAACCUUCUGGUUGCUGGUUCACCUUUUCUAUCACUAGGCUACUAAUAGAAAUGGUCCACAAAGUGAUGUCAUUUAAAAAAGGACAUUUGUGAGUGUGAAGAACAAAAAGAAAACUAUUUAAAAAGUUUAAAGUAGUUCUUCUACAGCACUGUGCAGUAUUGGGCCCUUUUGCCACCUUUUUAAGAAUGUCCUUGGAAUAAAAUCUUGUUCCUGCCACGUAGAUUAAAGUUAAGAACAAAUUUUCUUUCUCCUGUAAAGUUGUAGAAAUAUGGGGCCGGUUUUGUGGCCAUGGAUUAAGUUGAGUAUUGGGCUAAAUUAUAAUGCCGGUGGUGUUUCACCAUUAAAAUUCCAAUUUCGCCUAGGCUUAGGCUUAAUCUGGGUUUGGGAAACUGGCCCAUGAGUCCUUACAGGAAAGUCUGUUCACUCAGCGGCUGUCUUGGCAAUGUUUCCGGGCAGUUAUUUCCACUCAUACAAGACCAGGCUCCUGUCUCUAUGAUUGGAGAGAGAUCUAUAAACCCCAGACUGACAGUUUCAACGUAUUUGAAAUCACUGAUAAAAUCUGACCAAAAAUAGCGUAAAUAGUUCGUAGCUUUGGCUCAAGUAAUCCACAAGAAUGUGUUUUUUCAGGUUGUUCUGGCUACUGCAUGUGCGCAUCCCCUUAACAAGGCUGGACUUUACACACUUAACACCUUCAAAGCGAUUGGCUGUUGCCUGGCCCUUUAAAAACUUGCUGUAUUAAUAAUGCCAUGUUAGAUGUUACACGCUAUCCCAUUCAUUUCUCAACCAGUGAAUUGUCUCUUCUAAUACAGUGUCUUCAUGUGGUUUUGUUAUGACUGCAACAAUAUAAGGUAAAAUGUUGUGACAAAUUGCCUGAACAGGAUGAAAUAAUAAUGACUUUCAAGGCAGUAGAUUCAGUGUUCCUUCAUUAUUCGUUUAUUUCAGCUCUGUUUCCUUCAAAGUUUGUUUCCUUCUGGCCUUGUUGAUUCAAAUCACAACCAAAAAUGCAUUAAUUGAAUCAGUACUGUUGUAGCAUUUUAGAGAACCGUUCUGACCCCAGCCCUUACACACACACACACACACACACACACACACACACACACACACACACACACACACACACACACACACACACACAAAUCGAGUGUUUCUGCCUUUCCAUGUCGCUCCACAAUAUUGGUUUUCUUUCUUCCUCUUCUGUCUGUCGUAUUUGAAGCAUUUUAGAUGUUGUUAUUUAGGAACUGAGUGAAUGAAGUGGUGCUGUGCCUGUGGAGAGUGAAAAGUGGAAUUGUGGGUACAGUCUUUUGGAGAGAUCUUCAGUUAUUGUGAUUGAUCAUCUGUAUUUCUCCCCUUUUAAAUAGCAAAGUUUGAUUUUCUUAUAUAUUCAUUCAUUCAUACACACAGAGCUCACCGGUAUUGUUUUUCCUGAAAUCUUCAUUUUUUUAAUUUGGUAAUACACCUCAGGUAACCUCUCUCUCUCUCUCUCUCUCUCUCACUCUCUCACUCUCUCACUCUCUCCAUCCUGGUGCCAUUGAAACUCUAGCUGCUUUGAGUCUUUACUGCAGGCCGUAUAUAGCUGCAGUAGUUGUUCUGUCCCUGAGCUCCACUCUCUCCUGGUCUCAGCUCGCCUUUCCUCAUCCUCCAUUCAUCCUCCUUUCUGGAGCUCGCUUCAGUCUUUCAUUUCUAGGGCUGUAAAUCCCUGAUGUCACAGUGAUUCAGUUUGAUCAAGAUUCUUCAUGAAACGAUUCAGUGAUUCAGAUUUCACCACAAUUUGAUUCAGUGUUUGCAGUGCAUGCCUCACAAUUGGAAAAAUAAAUCGUUCAGUUCACUUAGAGGAGCACCACUAUUUUAAGAUUUACGUUUUGCGUUUAUCCCAACAUAACAUUCCUAAACCAGUCAGAGCAAAACCGAAAGUUGCCAAUUCCAUUGCUUUUUCGCAGGUUACAGGCAGGCCUAGGAAAACAGUAGGAAAGCUGUUAGACGCGGCAGUUGAGAAUUAGUAAAUUGCUCCACAAUAUUAUUCACCAAAGGUUGUUAUGAUCAAACUAAGUCCAAAUACAGUGUCAGUGUUAAAUUCCCCAUUUAAAUAUGCAUAGACUUCUAGCUGUAUAAAUGGUUUUUCACAUUAUGACACGAUACAAAACAAAUCAUGUGAGAGCACAGCAGAGCUGUUGUCUACUUACAGGUCAAAUCUAUAGCCUAAGCACAAAAAUUUCACAUGCAUGUUAUAUAAAACUAUAAAAUUAUUCAUUGACAAAAUCAUGCUUGACAUGAUGUUCCAAAAACAUUUGGGAGUUUGGAGGUAAUAAAUCAUAUGGUUUGUGGGCUACAUUGAAUAAAAAAUUAACAUUGCUAAACUUCAAAAUAACGAUUCUGUUCCCCAACAGUUGAAGCCCCAGGGAACCUAACCUCGUUCUUGUGGGCACACAAUAUACAUGUACACAGGAUGUCCUAUGAAUAACAUCCCAAUGACCAAUAAAUGGCUGAUUGGUAUUUUGCCAACAUUCUCCUCUUUCGAUGUAAACUGGGCAGUCCUAAUCUUGGCUAGUGCGUAUGUAAACUAGAUACCCACCAAUCACAAGGCUGAUGAGGUUUGUCCAGCCCACACAGUGUUCUCUAUGUUCCCCAAUCAUCUCUUCUCUCUGUUCAAGUUGGAGAAGCUUAGCGGGAGAAAGCUAAACACCAAGCGAAAGCUAAACUAGCAAGCACAACUGAACUGUCAAGAACAUCCAUUUGUCUGUUUGUUUGGUCAACCGGCCAUGCCACAAUUCACUGGCCACACAUCCAGCAGGAAAGUCAAUAAGAACGUUACCUUCUUUAAGACUGAACACAGUGGGGAAAACAUGACCUGUACUUUCUCUGUCCCCAAAAAACGUUUUUAAUCUAGAUUUUUUUUCUGUAUCAUUUGAGUUCAGCAGCUGACCAUUGUCCCAAAAUCUUAUAUAAAUUUUUAUAUAUACAUAUAUAUAUAUAUAUAUAAAAUAUAUAUCGCUAUGUAGAGCCUCUUUCCACUCACGCUUUUGUGUUUAGUUUUGUUUCAGUGCAGGUUGAGCAUGUUAGACUCAUGGCUGUCAAUCAUGCAUACUCAUUAGCAUAUUAGGCCACGCCCACAUAGAGUUUAAAUAGGACUGAUGGGUGAUUUUUCAGCUGUGUUUGAUUAUAUUUCUGCCUUUUUUUCUCCUGACAGAUGUUCAGCUGAAUUUUAGUAUAAUACAAACAUGUGUUUUACACUUUGUUACCCUGGAACUUCAGAACUGAUUUCAGUUGCAUUUUGUUUUUAGCAAAAUUUUGCUUCCGUUUUCUCCUCAAACCAGUUUGGAGCCCUGUUUAAGUACAAUUAGGUAUCACACCGAAUACCCUAAUGCGACUGAGCAAACCAUCACACAGACCGUAAAAACAACACCACAGACGUUCUCUUUUAGUUGGAUUUCCUUUUUCCAAAUAACUAAAAAAACGAGCUCAAACUUUAUUGAAUAUUAUUAGAAUCAUUUAUAAUCAUUUCCACCACUCCAAAAUUCAGAUUGAUGUUUUUUUUUUACACUCUUAUUUGUCUCCCUUAUCUCACUCUGCCUCUGUUUCCUCUCUCUCUUGCUUUGUUUCUCUCCCUCUCCAUAUGGAAACACUACAUCAGUAUUCAGGGAUUCAGCACUAUGCUUUUGCAGAGGUUACAGUAAUUAUGCAAUCAUACCAGGUGCGGCAGCAACUUUCUGUAACUGUAGCAUUUUUAAACUCUCAAUCGGGCUGCUUUGGUUAUUGUUAUUUAUUUUCAGACGUACCUGAAGGGGGACAGGUGCCAACUCUUCAAAACAUAUGCUAAAAUCACACGUACGCAUACGACUGCUUCUCAAAGGACAACAGACACAUGAACACUCAACUACACUGAACCAGACUAAAACACAUGUUGCUCUUCACGGAGGGGUUUCACGGAGAAAGAGGGGCUGGAAAGAAGCGUUGACGUUACUGCGGCGUGCGUGUAUGUGCUUCUGUAACCUGUUGGAGGAGCAACAGGAGCGUUUGGAGGUUAUUGUGCUGUGAAACACACACUAGGCAGGAUGGUGUCCUUGCGUUCGUAAGCCAACAGAUUUGUCAGCGGGCAAAUAAGCUACUGGUGUACAGAGGGACAGACAUACACAUUAAACGAGCCUGCUAAUGUUUCCUUUUUAACGAAUGGCCCCAUCUGCGAGCAUCCGGCCUCACGGACCUGCACAUAAUUGUAAAUACAGUGUGAAUGUUGUAUGUAGAUUAUCAAUAUAGCAUGAGGUGGGUUUUAUUUUGAAAAAGGAAAAAAAAAAAACAAAGAAGAAAAAAAGAAAGUCAUUUUUAAAGGAAAUAUUCCAUAGUAAGAUGUUACUGUUUAUUUUAUAUAACUAGAUCUGGAAUGUAUUAAUUUAUGUCAAGCCCCAAAACAAAGUCACUUAAAGCCCUGGUUGUGAUUCA